AAUAUCAAAGUUAAGAUUCGAGUUGUGCCCGCAUGUUAUGAGAGAGAGGAAAUUCUGGAGGAUAUACUUUAUACUGGUAAACAAUCAUGUUGCCCUGUAUGAGAAGCGGUAUAUGGAAGGGGUUGAGCGAAAAGCUGCAGAAAAAGUCCUGGAUAAAAAAAGUGAAGGAAUCUUCAAACAUUGAAAUGACAUCUCAACCACAGGCAAAGGGAACGAAGCAGCAUGAAAAAAUUACGACCUCAGUUACUGAGCAAGAACUGGAUGUGUUUCUACUGGGUGGUGACAGCGAUGAAGGCCCUGAGGAUGAAGAUGAGGGCUUCGAUGAUGCUUUUGGUAAAAUGGCAGACGGUUUGGUAAGCACAGUCCAGUUUAUGAACUUGAUCUUGUUGUUACGUAUCUGUCUGAUUGCUUGUGAUAGAGUGGACUUGCUAAAAAUGAUGAAAGUGAUUGGGCAUAAGUGACUUCAUU